AUGGACGCUCUCGACACAUACCCCUCAAAGUCGCCCAACGAUCUCACCAAGGUCGAUAGCUACGACCGCGAGUCUUACAAUUCUCGCGAAAGGGAUUCAUACCGUGAACGACGCAGGUCGCCGAACUCCGAUCGUCGUGUCCGUCAAGCUGGCCGUAACCGCUCUCGCUCUCCUACACAAAUCGACCGCUACCAGCCCGAUCGUUCGCGUGAUGACUACUACCGUGGACGUGAAGACUAUCCCCGCGACCGACGCCGCUCGUCUCCUCAGAUCCAGCCAGGUGCUCCCAAGAACAUUGAUCGAUACAUUCCAGGCGACGAUGCAGCCCUUCCGCGAGCUAUCCCAGUGAAUCAACUUAGGGACCCUCUGCUGGAAGCCUCGCAGGUCGGAUUCAGUUACUUUGCUGAGUGGUGGAAAGCCGAGCAAGAGAUCAAACAACAGCGUGAGCGUCAAAAGAAUGGAGGUCGUCGUCCUGAGCCUAUCAAGGAAUCACGCGACGAACAGCGAUCAAAGAUUCAGAAUGCCUAUGAUCAAUACAAGCUGAACUGGAACACAAGAAUGGCCAAACUCUUCGUUCAUGGCCACAAGUACGACACAUGGUUCCGCGAACGCUAUGUACCCGAAGUUCGUGAUCCCCUGCGCCAGAAGGUCCUCGAUUUCAGACGCGAUCUCUUCGCUAGGUGGGACUCGGACUUGACGGCUGGUACCUUUGACGAGUUUACCCUCGAGGGCAUCUACAAAAGCGAGAGUAAUGGGGCUGGAGGUAUCGUCGAAAAGGAGGAAGGAGAGACCAGUGCUGCGGCUGAGGUUUUGGCUGUAUCAGAUCUCUUACCCUCCAAAGGCGGUGACGUACGAGACCCAUUCGCUUUCCAACCAACGCUGCUCGUCAAGACCAUCACCCCAGCUGUUUCGCGCGAGCGAAUGGAAGAAUUCUGCAAGGAACAUCUGGGUGAGGGCGAGGGUGGCUAUAAGUGGCUGAGCCUGAGCGAUCCGAACCCAGGAAAGAAGUUCCACCGCCUUGGUUGGAUCAUGCUCAACCCUGCAUCCGAGAUACCUGAAGAGGACAUCAAGCGUCGCGGAAGUCGUGACGACGACGACCAGGACACUGACGGGGGUGCCAUGGAUCAAGACAAGCCGAACCACACUCAAACCGUCUGCGAGAGAGCUUUGAAUGAGAUUAACAACAAGACGAUACAGGACCCCGAAAAGGGCGACUUCACUGUUCAUGUUGGUAUUCAUCAUCCCCAAGACAACCCAAGAAAGAAGGCUUUAUGGGACCUCUUUUCCGCCCCCGAGCGUGUCGAACGCGACCUGGAUCUCGCUCUACGCUUGGUCAGAAAACUCGACUCAGAGAUGGGCGAUGACUACGACGGAGUUGGCAAGAUUGAGCAACGCGUUGACGAACUGGCUGGCAAGGGUUACUUGCAACCACCGAUCCCAGCUCCCAAAGUCGUCAAGGACGAAGAUCUCGAUGAUGGCGAAAUGGAAGAGGGCGAAGAAGACGAAGGCGGUGUUGAUGAGGAUGUCGAUGAUGAGGAACUCCUGAUCAAGAAGAAGAAGCUUGAUCUGCUCGUCGAGUAUCUCCGUCGUGUUUACAACUUCUGCUUCUACUGCGUGUUCGAAUGCGACUCGGUCCACGAGCUGCAGCGCAAGUGCGCGGGAGGUCAUCUUCGUCGUCCUCGCGCAAGUCUCACUUCGGCAGCCAAAGAGACCGCCAGAGCGACCGCAAAUGGAGAUCCGUUCCCGCUCAAGCGUCAAGAAAGCGGUCCUGGAGACAACGAAGACGGCUCACCGAUGGAGGAGAGAAAGUCUGCCCCUCGAGCCUACGGUAAGAACCAGCUUCAGAAGGCAUACAAUUGGGUCAAGACCUUUGAGGAGAAACUUCUCAUGAUACUUGAACCUUACAAUGUUGAUCUGAGGAAGCUCGGCGGCAAGCCAGUUGAAGAGGGUCUUGAAGAAGACAUGAGCAAGUUCGUGAAACAGGAGGACGAGUUCAAGUUUAGAUGCAAGGUCCCAGAGUGUACAAAGCUCUUCAAGGGUGAGAACUUCUGGAAGAAGCAUGUGGAAAAGAGACAUCAGGACUGGCACGACAAACUCAAGGAAGACAUUGAGCUUGUCAACCGCUAUGUCCUUGACCCAGCCAGACUUGCCCAGGGACGCAACGAUGCGAGCAGCAACGGCCACUUCCCUGUCAACAACAACAUGCCGACGGGUACACCUCGCAACUUCAGCUUGAACAACAUGCCAUUCUUUAACAACGGAAUGCCCAUGCCAAAUGCUGGUGGGCCUCCCGGCUUCAAUCCAUUUGUGCCUGGACAGUUCCCUAUGACAGUGCCUGGCUGGAACAUACAAGGUGGUGACCGUGGCGCUGGACCGAUGAGGACAGGCGGUAUGCGCACCAACAAUGCUCGAGCACCGGGUCCGUACGACCGGGGUGGUAUGAGGGUUGAGCCGCGACGAAGCAUCAGCGGCCGCCUGACCCCACCUCGCCGGGGUAUGUUCAUGGAAGGAGGAGAGCACACUGUCGGACCUAGACAAGCAGUCGAAGGCCGUGCGUUGAAGAGUUACAACGACCUUGAUGCAGCUGGCAGUGCUGGAGGAGCGGAAGAGCUCAACUACUAA